AUGACUUUACUAGAAUCAUGCAUGGACUUGAGUCAUAAGGAUGUCCUUAAUGUCCAAGCAAUAGAAAUGGAAUCAAUACAAAUUAUUGAUGCUCUGAAAAUUCCAUCUCACCUAAGUUUGAUGGUUUGGUUAUGUUAUUUUUUCCAUAAUUCACUACAAAAAUUUGAUGACUAUAUUGUGUGCUCAUCCCCAUCGAAGAGUUCAAAAAGCGUUCAAGAAAUCGUCUUAUAA